CGCAUGCGAGGCGGCAGGGCUCGAAUUAAACCCGCCCGCAAGCAUGGGCCCGAGGUCUCCAUAGACGAGACCUGGGCGAAGCUCUCGCGCAACAUCAUCGAGAUCCAGAACCACAACGCGGCCAACCUGUCCUUCGAGGAGACGCAUCGCUACGCGUACAAUAUGGUGCUGUACAAGUCCGGGGAGCGCCUCUACAAAGGGACGGCGCAACUCGUUGCCGACAAUCUGGACAAGCUCGCACGGGAGUACAUCAUCCCUGCGUUCCCGUCCAAUGCGUCUGGGGACCCGGUUCAGAAGGCGCAGGAGGGGGAGAUGGUGCUGAAGGCUCUGAAGAAGGUUUGGGACGACCAUACAUCGAGCUUGGCGAAGUUGCGGGAUGUGCUGAAGUACAUGGAUCGAGUGUACACCAAGAAUGCGGAAGUCCCUGAGACGUGGGAAGCCGGGCUGAACGCAUUCAUCAAGCAUAUCAUCAAGAACCCCAUCGAAGACCAUGUCAUCUCCGCGAUUCUGACUCUCAUCCAGAUUGAGCGCGACGGCUACACGGUCGAUCGGUCUUCCGUGAAGGGCUGCGUCGAUGUCUUCAUUCAGCUCUCUGUCCAAGCUCAUCGUGAAACGCUGUCAAUAUACAAGCGCGACAUCGAACCUGCUAUCCUGAUAGAGAGCGAAGCGUUCUACUCGAAAGAAGGGAAACGUCUGCUGGAAACCAGCGAUGCGCCAGAGUAUCUUCGGCGAGUAGAGGCACGAUUCCGAGAAGAGGAUGACCGGACACAUCACAUUCUGACCACCCAGACGAUGCCUCCACUCCGGAAGAUCCUGGAGAAGAAUCUCGUGUCUGCACAUCUGAAGGACGUCAUCUGUAUGUCCAACUCCGGGCUCGAUGCGAUGAUAGACAACGACCGUAUCGACGACCUCGGGCGGAUGUACCGUCUCUUUACGAAGGUCUCGGAUGGCCUUCCUACCCUCAAGCGAUCCCUUAGGGAGACUGUCAUUAGACGUGGCAAGGAGAUCAACGAACAAGGUGUUGCACCAGUAGCCGACGGCGCCGACUCCGGAGAAGACGAGGUCGAAACGUCUGCGAAGGGCAAAGGAAAGGCGAAGGCCCGUCCGGCGGCUGCGUCGCAAACGCUCACUCUUGCUCUCAAAUGGGUCCAAGAUGUCCUCGAUCUCAAGGAUAGAUUCGAUAGCAUUUGGCAGCGAGCCUUCGAAAAAUGUCGCGAUUUGGAAAGUUGUGUGAAUGAGGCGUUUGAGACGUUCAUUAACGUGAACGAGCGGGCACCCGAAUUCAUUUCGUUGUUCAUCGACGAGAACUUGAAGAAGGGUCUCAAGGGUAAAUCGGAAACGGAAGUCGACGCUGUUCUGGACAAGACGAUCACCGUCUUCCGUUACAUCACCGACAAGGACGUCUUCGAGCGGUAUUACAAGGGCCACCUCUCUAAACGCUUGCUGCUCGGUCGUUCCGUGUCCGAUGAUGCGGAGCGCGGUAUGCUUGCGAAGUUGAAGGUUGAGUGUGGACAGCAGUUCACGCAGAAACUCGAAGGCAUGUUCAAAGACAUGAAACUGUUCCCUGAGACGAUGGAUGCCUACCGAGACUAUCUCAGAAACAAUGAUAUGUCACCGGAAAUUGACCUGACUGUCAUCGUACAAACUUCCACGUACUGGCCAACCUCGAUCAAUCCUCCCACCUGCACUUUCCCCGCGGUGCUCAUCACAGCGAUGAAGUCAUUCGAGCAGUUUUACACCGGACGACAUACCGGACGACGGCUCACCUGGCAGCCGUCGAUGGGGAACGCAGACGUGCGCGUCACAUUCAACGCGCGAAAGCACGACCUCAACAUGUCAACCUUCGCGCUCGUCAUUCUGCUUCUCUUUGAGGACAUUCGCGACGACGAGAUCCUGACCUACGAGGCACCCGCCACGUCGAUUCCGGACGUCGAGCUUAGGCGGCAACUGCAGUCGCUGGCGUGCGCGAAGUACAAGGUGCUGAAGAAGCACCCGCCAGGGCGCGACGUGAACCCGGCCGACUCGUUCUCGUUCAAUGCCGACUUCUCUGCGUCGCUGCAGAAGAUCAAGAUCAGCACUAUCGCGUCGCGCGUGGAGAAUACCGAGGAGCGCAGGGAGACCAAGGACCGGAUCGACGAGGAGCGCAAGCACCAGACAGAGGCGUGUAUCGUGCGCAUCAUGAAGGACAGGAAACAUAUGACCCACAGCGACCUCAUCAACCAAGUGACCCGACAACUUGCAAGUCGGUUCCAACCCGAUCCUACGAACAUCAAGAGACGUAUAGAAGGCUUGAUUGAACGAGAGUACUUGGAACGCUGUGAAGAUCGGAAAUCGUACAACUACCUAGUACGUCGCUACACGCUCAUCCGUUUCAAGACACUAAUUCAUUUUCCAGGCAUGAGUUGUUACUUGCAUCAUGUCAUAUUGUCUUGUACCAUCAGUGUAAUCUCAUUGUCGUUGUUAUCAAAGUCUUGCUUUGAUCGAAGUGACAGAGCUUCAAAGCAUCCGAGAGAUCCGCAAAUAAUAUUAGUGCAGUACCUGAUACCGUGA